UACCCCGCCACUGCCAAUGCGACGACAAGGAUGGUGCCAUGCUCUCACAUGCAUCUUCAUCUUCAUCUCCAUCUCCAUCUCAAGCUCAUUUGCUGAUUUCCCCGUCCACGAUUCCUCGCUCUGGCUUCUGGUUUGUUAGUUGGGCCUCUCUCUAGGCCUUUCAGCCACAGGUAGAUCUGCUCUGAGCCACAGGGCGGGCGAGCACUAAAAUAGUCCAUGGGGGCUUUUUAGACGACUUUGUAAGUUUCGGGGAAGGCUGUACAGAACAUCCUUCCUUGGUCCAGCUAAUUUUGUCUCCCUUUCGACCACCGGAUUCAGCGAGCGAGGCCUGCUUCCGUGCAUUGACUCGGGCGCCAUGAGCACUUUUCUGUCAUUCUGGGUGUAUAAAUUCCACGUAGGCAUUAAUGGCGAUGCGCGGCACUCAUUGAACUGUCUGAAAUCUCUCGCUCUAGAUUGGAUCGAAUCUUUCAUUAUGACUCGUGGACGUACCCCUGUUUGCGGUAUAAAUCCUCGGUGCAAACUGAGAUCAAUCAUUGUACGGCUUUGUGCUCUGUGGACUCUCUGAGCUCUGGACGUCUGGCCUGUACCUCCCCCGUACUACUGCUCAAGCUUUGACUCGUCACUUUCUCCAUUUUCUUCGCUCCAGGACACACUGACCUUCCUCUGACUGACUGGCCCUCUCCUCUCGCUUGCGCCGUACCGUCCUGUAGUGUUCGGUCGAUCCGUCGUACCGUCCUCUGCUCGAACCGAAACUGAAACCGCAACUGCGACCGAGCUCGAGCUCGAAACCGAAAUCGAAUGCUGCAGGACGUCCGUGGACAUUUCGUUGUCAAGCAAAUCCUAUCGAUCUCGCGUCACGGUCCGAAACGAACUCAGAACGAAUUUUGACCCGGACGGAUGUGGUGGCUGCGAUCGAUCGAAGGGGGGCCUCGAGAGGUACAUUUGGACCCGAACGAAACGAAACUCCUCGACGGAAGUACUGCACAGUCCAGUGGCGCUGGCCGUGACGGCGAUGGUGACGGGGGCACGCAAAAGGUCCGUAGAGAGGGAUUCGAGGAUUUGGGCUGUAAUCCUGCUCUGUCCUGGCCAGCAUGAGCGUCACGGUCCGAGCGACCUUGAAUCGAGUCGGAACAUUCAGAAACGAUCUGCAAACGAACUUUGACCUCGAGGCGUGCACGAUGUGGUGGGCAUGGAGGACGAGCCCAACAUCGUUAACGGAAGUACUGUAAGCUCUGGCGAUGGUGACAGCGUUGAAGGACGAGCGCAAGAGAAAGGACCGUCGAGCUCGACAAGAUUUGGACAAGAAUCUGUACAGCACUCCCUCCCUCCCCUCGGACAGAAGACAAGACGAAAUGCGUUGGGGAGAGGACAUUGGCCAUGAGCGUCGUCGUCGGUCGCGGUGGACCGGAAGGAAAGCGGUGCAUGUACUGAGGCCCGGAGAUAGAGCUGAUCAUUACAAGUGAUAGGCGCAUGAGUCGUGCCCAGAUCUAGGAUGGCGAAAUGAAAGAAGCAGGUUAUUCGUGCAUGCGGUACAGCAGCAGCAGCAGUACGGCAGUACAGGAGUUUGUUGGAGGCUGCUGCUGCAAUGGAUGCAUCUGAUCCUUUUCUCGAUCGAAUGAAUGAAGUAUGGAGACCGGUCUGCUCGUACAAGUCGCAUGGAGGGCAAGUGCGGUGUACCUCGAAAGGAACGAACCUUGUGCUCUCGCUUGGCCCCUCUGAAACCCUCGAUGCUGCUUUGAUGAUGAUGGUGAUGGUGGUGGUGUCACUGUCACUAUCACUAUCACGGCCACAGUCCCUUCCUUCCUUGCUUGCUUCCUUGCUUCCCGCGCAGUACAUCGAGGGAGGAAAAGGCUGUUCCAUCACGCUGCAUUGAUUGCAUGCUUGGAUUAUGACAAUGAAAGCUGGCCAGAGAAGCGCAAAUCGCUCAUCGAGAAGAGGACAAUAUGUCGACGACAGACGAACAGUCCCGAAGAAUCCCAGAGAUCGAUGCUUCCAGCCUUUAACCAGUUCCGUCGAACACCUCCGACGGUAGAGGUUCCUGAGACUUUCUCCCUCUACAACUCACUGACCAUUCCUUGCCGUCCGGGAAUGCUCCGGGCACAGCUAGACCAGCCCUCCAAUUCCUCCUGCUCCUGCUCGUGUCGACGUACGAGAUGUAGCUCCUGUACCCUCGAAUAUAGAGCAGGUUCGAUGUCGCUUACAAACCAGAUUCCGAGCCGAAGAAUCAAACCGAUUGCCGCUCCAUACUUCAUGCCGUGGACCCUACUGCAGCAUAUGACGACGAAUUUUGAAUCUAUCGACGAGUGAUAACUUUCUGCAGUGACAGGAGAUACUCUAAAACAAGACAGGGACGGAACGUUUUCAUCUGAAACUGUUCUCUCGUCACUGCAAAUGCACCUAAUCCACUCACAAGGCGGGGCCAAUGAUGCCCAAUCGACAUCGACGGCCGGAUGGUUGAAAACAGCGCAAUUUUGUCUCAUAACUCAGAGAUCAUUCAUUUUUCAUGCCACGCCCGGUGCACGAUGAAAGUGGGACGUUGUAGAUCAUAUUUCGAGUUGAGGAAUUCAGGCAUGGCCACAGGAACUUGUGCUUCUAACUUGGUGCUGUUGGGUCCUUAUUUCAUCAGGUGAACGAGGAGAGUCGAUCAUUGCUCUCCUUCAUUGCGUCUCGAGACUGCUGCAACCAAAAAUUUGGAGCACUCCUCAUUCAUUCCAGGUUACAUUGUGCACAGCAAUCGUUCGAGUCACCCAUCGACCUUGCACUGAACCUCGCUCGAAUUUGCAGCAGAAGCGUAGGACAAGUUUUGCACCGGUCAUAUGUUCUGUUUUGAACUAACCUCGUCGCUCGCAUCAGCAACGAUCGAGCGUCGCCUGCCUCACGAAACUUCGUGCUUGGGGACAGCAGCCGUAAGGUGAGAACUGAAAUGUCUUCCACUCUCAUAUCAUCAUUCCAGAAGGAAUUUUCAUCAGCUUAUGUGGCCCUUCGAUAGAGCCGCUGCAUAUGUCUGAGUCUCUUGUUUCUUGGAUUUCCUUCAAGGCUCAUCACAAUCGGCCUUCCUCUAGUGGGCUGCUUUCAGUUUUGUUCGACUCGGUUAGUUCUCCCUCUCUCGGCAAUAAUGAGUUCUCGAGCAACCCAAGGCUGCAAACGAAUGCACGGAGAAUGGGCCAAACAGGAACAGAGAUGAAUCAAGAGGACUACAGAUCCAUAAUCCAGGGGUACAGUAGCUUAACUCGGUUUUGAUUCAUUUCAAUGUGCUCAAACUUCAUCAGUCCCGAACCAUGACCACAGACUCCUCAGACUCCUCAGACCCCAGAAUCUUAAUUCAGAAUCAGCAUGGUGAUACCUCUAGCUGGAGGUCUACCUGUACGGCAAUUGAAACUCGGGAUGCAUCCAUUGAAAGAAUAUGUAUGCGAAAGGCCUUUCUACGAUGCAGAGCGCCAGAAUUUAGUAUACAGAACUCUCGACGGUCAACUUGUCAACUACUCGAGCGACGAAUGAGGCUGUCAACGCUGAACGCAGAGAGCUCUCAGGGCCACUCGGCUUGUCGGUAGCAUAGCAAUCAUAAUCAGCAUGAUCAUGCAGAUUAGCAUCCAUCCAGUGCCAGAGAAGCAUCUCCAUUGGAAGCUAACGCCGGUACGUUCGUCUGUCUGAUGUGAGCAAGAACUGUAAAGUGACGUGACUAUAACCCAAUCCUAUCCAGCGUGUGUGCUGAAGGUCAAGAUCCAUGGCAUUGGCAAACUCAGGAGGAUGUCGCCUGUAAUUAAGUAUCUUGAUAAAACAGUCAACGGUGCAGCCCCCUUGAGACGGCAAACGAUUUCAUCGUACUCUCCGAUGAUGCCAGAGAAACUCGAGAGCAAAGGAGGACCGUACGAAACAACAAUAGCAGCAAUAGCGGCAGCAGGCCCUGCCGAGCAUAAACGUCCAGCUAGGGAAGACAACUGGCCACUAAAUACAAGACGGAAGGCUCGGCAUAAUCUAGGACAAGCUCAUUACGAACUGCAUACUGCUGCAGAAGGGAGGAACGGAGGGAGCUUCUUCUCUUCCCACUAUGGAGGAAUGAUGACCUUCGCAACAGGGAAUGAAUAGUCUGCGGCCGAGCAGUACUUUAAUGUUUCUUCACCCCUUUCCUCUUCCUCCCCAGCUAGCGUUUCUCACGGAUGCUGUACAUCAGUAUCAUUGUUGUUUGUCAAAACGCGAUCUAAAAGAGCGAAGAUGGAUCCGACCCAUGAUGUCGCGUUGCAGCUGCGGCCAAAUUCAGUCCUACCUUCAAGCCUUCAGAACUUCAGAAACAAUGGGCUGCCAGAGUGGUCCACUUGGUUCUUUCCUGACAGGACCCCAUGCUAGCAGCCGGCUGUGCGGUGGUUGUGUAGAACUCGUGUACAGGACGAGCAAUCUUCACGUCUAGCAUAUGAUCUACGUUCUACGUUCAGUGUACAGAUAAGAAUCACUGUACUAUGUGACAUCGUUCGGAAUCUUCUUGACUUGCUUCCAAACAGGCUUCUUCGAGAUCUCAGGAGAAUUUUUACUUCUACUCGUCUAAGCAGCUAGGGUAUCAAGGAGGAGGGAGACAUUGUGGGGCUAGCAUUGAAUGAACCUCGCGAGCGCUGGUCCAUCUUCACAUCAACAGUGAUCCCGAGCUCCAAUAGCACAGUGAGACCAACAGAAUCGCAUGUGAAUGUCCAUCUUUAAUCGUGAGAAAGCUUCAGAAAAACUUGUACUUGACUAGAGGCCUCAGCAAGAGACAGGUUCUCGUGGAAAACGCGCAUUGCUUGCCUGUUGCGUUCCAUAGCUCCACAUCUUAGGCUGAAACCACACAUACAUAGGUAUCCCACCCAAGAUGUUACUAUGUUACUCUUACUUGACUGACAUCAUCGUCAGCUCAAUUGAGGGAAUACAUAACGGAAUCUCCAAGGACAUGUUGAGAGACGAAACCAGCACCUCUGUGACAGUACCCGGCAAGUGAUCAGAACUCUACACCAAGUGUUAGACCGUUGUUGGUAUCUUGGAUCCAGAAAAUUAGCUCGGUUGCUCAUAGCGCUGGUUAGCUCUGUAGUGGUUGGAAGUAUAUGCGACUUCCAAUGUUGGAGAUUUUUUGAGACUGCUACAGUAAGGGAAGAUCAAUCCAGCACUUCGGAGAUGGCCUUGAUGCUGAGAUGUAUACGACACGCUGUCUUGAUUCGGAAGCAUCAUGGACGCUCUACAUUUGUACGAUGCUAUCAAUCAUCUGUCCAAGGUGUAGUGAUGGAGAUCUGAAUUCAAUCGGGUGCGAUGGGCUCCGGAUAGAGGAACAAAAAGGCUGUCGGCAAUCCUGCGAACGCUGACAAGUAGCAUUUACUCUAGAGUUGUACCGAGACUGCUGAGAGCUAGUAAUGGCUGGCAACAGUCUAGCCGAUGAGGCAGCAAAAAGGAACGACAAUUAGCCACGAGGGGGCAAUCCAAAAAAGAAAUUUCAUUUGUAAGAUGAGUACUUUUUUCAGCAAUCUAUUACACGAUACUUUUGGCUGG